AUGGAAGGACAGGAACAGAUCGCUCGCUUAGUGGUUAAAGCGCCCCCAUUCUGGCCUGACGAACCCGAGUUAUGGUUCGCACAAUUAGAGAGCCAAUUUACUCUCGGAGGUAUAACACAAGACGCAACUAAAUAUUUUUACGUACUGACUCACCUAGAAACCAGAUACGCUUGCGAGAUCCGAGACAUCGUUACGCAGCCCUCGGCUCAAGGAAAAUAUGAUGCCGUUAAAAAAGCCCUAACACAGCGGCUGACAGCCACGCAGGAACAACGUAUCUGUCAGCUACUAGAGCACGAAAAGCUCGGCGAUAGAAAACCUUCACAAUUCUUGCGGCAUUUACAGACCCUCGCCAACAAUAACGUCCCUGAGCAACUCCUACGUACCUUGUGGUUAGGUCGAUUACCACAAUAG